GUUGAUGUCGAUCCAAGCACACCCGAAGUGGGUUACUUGGACGGCAACUCGCCGAAGGUCAUCAACAAUGACAGCAUCUACUUGAUUUUAGGGCUGGCAGUUGCCAUCGUCAUGGGUUGCCUUUUGGAUAGAUUGUCGACUUUCAAGCACUUCAAUGCGAAGAACCGAGAGCCGUUCUGGGUGUUGCUGCUCGUGUUGGUGAGCUAUGGAUAUUUGAUUCCAGGUUUGGUGGAAGUGCUUUUCAGCUUCAAUCUUGUGUUUGACACUGGGGCAGGUGGUUUCUUCGGCAUUGGACCCGAUGCCGGAUUUAACCACGCGCCCCCAACGACGGAAACCAUGAUCGGAUUGGUCGGAUUAUUGUGGGACACGGGAUCGUGGCUUGGUGCGGUUCUGGUGGUGUUUUAUGCAAUUGCAAUUCCCGUGACCAAGCUGCUGCUGUUGCUGGUGGGCAACUUGAUCCAGAAAGAUUUUCCCAAUGCCUCCAGGAGGUGCAUCCAGUCUGUCCAGAACAUCUCCAAGUGGGCAUGCCCCGACAUGUUUGCUUACAUCUUGCUGAUGCAUCUUGUCAAAUCAUUGGCCCAUCCGCCGUACCUCAAAGCCAAUGGAAGACUCGAUCUUGGGUUCACCUGCUUCAGUUUGUUCUGCCGUGGCCUCAAAUUCUGGGCCCUUGGAAUACGCGUUCCGGAUCGGGAGCAUGGUUGCUUCCAGCAAAUAGGCAGGGCCCUGAACGAGCAAAGCCUGCUCUGGGCUGUGACUGCGCUCUUCGUGUUGUUCGCCAUCCCGUUCUUUUGGGGCCUCAAUGAAACCGUCAUGGCACUGAAAGUGGGUGAACUCGACCCUAUGAUCGAGAUGACUUUGUCUUUCGUGGGCCUGACGCGCGAGAAGCUGAAGUCCGAUGUGAGCAUCAUGAACUGCUUGGGCACGCUUGCCUCCGAGAUUUCUCACGGUGAGGUGAACAGCUUUAUCGGCUUUGUCAUGUUCUCCGUGUUCGUGAUUGGGAUGACGUUACUGGACAUGCUCGUCCUCCUCUGGAUCGCGAUACGUAGCUGGAGAGGACGUCCGGUGGCUCGUUGGAUGCAGCUAUCGUGGGUUCUGAAGAAACUGUCGAUGGUGGAUGUCACGUGCAUGGGCGUCCUGAUCGUCACGAUGUGCAUGGCCAUGUACAGGCAGUACGUCCAGGUUGACAUGGGCGUCGGGCAGUGGCUUUUGGUGUCGUCUGAGGUGGUUCACUAUUUCACUUACUACACCGUGAAAGGUUAUACAGAAGACAAAGACAAGCUUGAUUUGGGCAACACGAUGCAUGGAGACGAGGAGGAGGAAGAGACCUCCGACCUUUCGUCUAGCACUGUCAUCGAUGAGGAUCAUGCUUGGCUCUGA